AGAAUCUUCUUUAAGAGGUUUCCACGAUGGACAAGAAGCAGAGAAAUCCAUCUCUUCUGACGCUGUACUCCGUCCUGAAGGACUUCAGGGCGGAAUAUACGGAUUUUGAGGCCCUCGCUUCUUAUUAUGAACAUCACUAUCGGGUCGAAUUCGGCGAGAACAUCAUCCUAAAGCACUUCCUUCUAACAUGCGAUGUGGACCCGAGGAUGAGGGCCAAAGAGAACGUUAUGCAUUACUGGAAAAUGCUCCACUCGCUGGAAGUGAUCAAGAGGGAAUAUGCCGCCCUCAGGAAAUCUGCCAAGCUGCCUCCUGAUCAUCCAACUCGAGUGCGAAACCGGAGGAAGCAGCUUGAGUAUUUGCGGCUGGAGAAUACUAUCAACCAACAUCUGACCCACCUUCACCAUGAGUUCUUGAGGGAGCUGAAGCUAAAGAAAGCUGCUCGUAAGAAACAAGUACACAGUCCUGCAGCUGAAGAAAAGGAGGAUGGAGCCCCUGCAGCAGAAGAUGAGGAAGCCCUUGAUACAGAAGACAGGGAAGAGGAAGCGGAAGGAGCUCCAGCUGAAGACCCUGCAGUGGAGGAGAAGAUGAUGGAGGAGCAAGCUCCAGCAGAGGAAGAAAGGAAGAAGAAGCUCCUGGAGCAGCAGAAGAGGAAGCUCUUGCCUCUCAGGAGAAAGGAGAAGGUGCUGAAGAUAAGGAAGAAGUGGAUGGUCCAACAAAUGAAGACACAGCUCCUCCCGCUGAAGAACAGCAAGUCCCUGAAGAGGAGGAGAAAGAAGAGGGAGUGGAAGUAGGAGGUUCUGCAGAAGAACAUCAAGCUCCUGGAAUGGAGGAGAAGACAGAGGAGC